AGAAGAAAAGAAAAAUCCACAGGAACCAAGGAAGAGAGAGAAGAACCAAGAUCGAAAAUGGAAGAUGAGGUUGACCUGAAGGUUAAGCUGAUUCUAGCAGUGGCGUUGGGGGGAUCUGUGGUGUUGCUUGUAUGGCUUUACAAUGUUAUGGUGGUGAAAACACACAGGCUGAGACUGAAGCUUCAGAAUCAAGGAAUUAGAGGACCUUCCCCUUCUUUCCUCCUAGGGAAUAUUCCAGACAUGAGGAGGAUCCAAACUCAAGCACAGUCCCUUCAGAAAGAUGACUAUUCUUCUAUUGCCCAUGACUGGCUUUCCACUCUCUUGCCGUAUUUUGGGAAGUGGAGAAAUGAAUAUGGGCCAGUGUUCAUGUAUUCAACAGGGAACAUACAGAUUCUGUGCAUAACAGAUGUAGAAAUGGUGAAGGAAAUGAGCCUACACACGUCUUUGAGCUUGGGGAAGCCGUCUUACCUAUCCAAGGACAGGGGGCCUCUGUUAGGUAAGGGUAUUCUCUCCUCCAGUGGCCCUCUUUGGGCACACCAGAGAAAGAUCAUUGCUCCUGAGUUCUUUCCUGAUAGGGUUAAGGGUAUGGUGAAUCUCAUGGCUGAAGCUACAACUUCAUUGCUGAGAUCCUGGGAGAGUAGAAUAGAAAGAGAGGGAGGGGUCGUCGCAGACAUUACAGUCGAUGAGGAUCUGAGAAGCUUGUCUGCAGAUAUUAUUUCAAAAACUUCAUUUGGGAGCAGUUAUUCAAAAGGGGAAGAGAUAUUCUCAAAGCUUCAAACCCUACAGAAGGUCAUGUCUAAGGGAAUCAUUGGAAUUCCAGCUCUAAGGUAUUUGUCGCUUUACAUAAGACAAUCACAAACAUUGCAUAGUAAUAUUCUUAAGUUUUCUGUUUCGUAUGAAAGGUACUUGCCAACUAAAAAUAACAAGGAGGUAAGGAAAUUAGAAAAACAAAUUGACACCAUGAUACUGGAGCUGGGAAAACAACGGAUGGAAGGUCAACAUCAGGAGCAGGAUCUUUUGCAGCUGAUAGUUGAGGGUGCUAACAGUUGUAGUGACCACAAUGGUAACUCGUUGAAUUUCUCCAGAGACAGGUUCAUUAUUGAUAACUGCAAGAAUAUAUACUUUGCUGGUCAUGAAACCACCGCUAUCACAGCAUCUUGGAGCUUGAUGUUACUAGCUGCACACCCAGACUGGCAAGCUCAAGCUCGUGCUGAGGUGCUUGAAACCUGCAAGGGCAGCCUUCCGAAUGCAGAUUCUCUUAAAAGAAUGAAGAUGCUUACAAUGGUAAUUCAGGAGACAUUGCGCCUAUACCCACCUGCAAUUUUUGUCAUAAGAGAAGCAUUAGAAGAUAUCAAUAUCAAAGGCAUUUUAGUCCCAAAAGGCAUGAACAUCCAAAUCCCGAUCCCAGUACUACAUCAAUCCCCUGAACUAUGGGGUCCUGAUGCGAGCAAGUUCAAUCCAGAAAGAUUUGUCAAUGGAGUUCUUGGUGCUUGCAAGGCUCCACAAGCUUACAUGCCAUUUGGUCUUGGCCCUCGUAUUUGUGCAGGGCAGCACUUUGCAAUGACAGAACUGAAGGUGGUCCUAUCUCUCCUUUUAUCAAGGUUUUCCUUCUCUCUGUCACCAGAAUACCAUCACUCCCCUGCUUUCAGACUGGUUGUACAGCCUGAACAUGGAGUCUGUCUUCAAGUAAGAAGAGUUUGAUGUCUAUUAUUGUCCUAGCAAUAAUCAGAAUCUUAAGUCUCUCCACACCCAGCAUACCAUCACUCUGCUGUGACUAGAACACUGAAUCAUAAUAAAAAGAUAGCAUGAACAUUCCUCAAACUCAAAUGAUUUAAAUAUGAUAGUCAUACAGGGAUGAUAAUUAGAAAAGCUGCACAAAUACUUGGAAAAACAUUAUUGUAACUUUAUUCUCAUAACAAGGCAGACAACAAAAUCACUAGUCUUGAGAUUCUACUAAAAUCUAUUAAGUAUAGUUUAUGCUACAUUAAAAAUGACAACAAAAAAUUCUGAAGGACUUUAGGAGAAUAAGGAUCGGCUCUUGUUGCGUUCCAAUCGAGCUUCCCUCUGCAAGAUUCAGUAAAUUUUUAGACAAUAAAGUA